CCGGGCUCACAGAGGCUGCGAGAUGGAGCGGGUCGCGGGAGCCAAGUUGCUGCUGCUGCUGCUGUCGGCGACUUGCUGGGGACGUGCACGAGCAGAUGGGCUGAGAGGCUACAAGUCGGUCAUCGAGGUGACCAACGGAGGCCCCUGGGGCCACUGGGCCUGGCCCGAGAUGUGUCCUGACGGAUUCUUCGCCAGCGGGUUCUCGCUCAAGGUGGAGCCCCAGCAAGGCAUUCCUGGCGACGACACAGCUCUAAACGGGAUCCGGCUGCACUGCGCGCGCGGAAACGCGGAGCUCAACACGCAUGUGGUGGAGUCCGAAUCUGGAAGGUGGGGCGCGUGGAGUGGGCCGCUGUGGUGUCCCGGCGGCGGCUUCCUGGUGGCUUUCUCGCUUCGCGUGGAGGCACCCAUGACCCCCGGGGACAACACGGCUGCGAACAACGUGCGCUUCCGCUGCUCCGACGGCACGGUGCUGGAGGGGCCUGGCCUGGCCUGGGGAGACUACGGAGACUGGAGUGACCCAUGCCCCAAAGGCGUGUGCGGCUUGCAGACCAAGGUCGAGCGGCCUAGAGGCCUCCGCGAUGACACCGCGGUUAACGACGCGCGCUUCUUCUGCUGCCAAAGUUGACGCUGCAGCCUCACUCUUCCUGGCCCCGAGCCUAGUCCCACAUCCCGCCAUUAAAGCUUCUCUGUCUUGGC